AUGGAACCACAAAAUAAUACACAAAUUUCAGUAUUUCUUCUCCUGGGACUUUCAGAGGACCCAGAACAGCAACCCCUCAUCUUUGGGCUUUUCCUCUCCAUGUACCUGGUCACUGUGCUGGGGAACCUGCUCAUCAUCCUGGCCACAAUCUCAGACUCCCACCUGCACACGCCCAUGUACUUCUUCCUCUCCAACCUGUCCUUUGUGGACAUCUGCUUCACCUCCACCACCGUCCCAAAGAUGCUGGUGAACAUCGAGACACAGAGCAAGGUCAUUUCCUAUGCAGGCUGCAUCACACAGAUAUACUUCUUUGCAAUAUUUGUAGUGUUGGACAACCUCCUUCUGGCUGUGAUGGCCUAUGACCGAUAUGUGGCCAUCUGUCACCCACUGCACUACAUGGCCAUCAUGAACCACAGGCUCUGUGGAUUGCUAGUGCUGGCAUCCUGGAUCACUAGUGCCCUCAAUUCCUUAUUGCACAGCUUAAUGGUGUUGCGACUAUCCUUCUACACAGACUUGGAAAUCCCCCACUUCUUCUGUGAGCUUAAUCAGGUGGUCCACCUUGCCUGCUCUGACUUAUUUCUCAGUGAGGUGAUGAUUUAUCUUGCAACUAUGCUACUGGGUGGUUGUCCCCUUGCUGGCGUCCUUUACUCCUACUCCAAGAUAGUGUCCUCUGUCCGUGCAAUCUCAUCAGCUCAGGGCAAGUACAAAGCCUUCUCCACCUGUGCAUCUCACCUCUCUGUGGUCUCCUUAUUUUAUUGCACCCUCCUUGGAGUGUAUUUUAGUUCUAUUGUGACCCAAAAUUCACAGUCAAUUUCAACAGCCUCUGUGAUGUACACUGUGGUCACCCCCAUGCUAAACCCCUUCAUCUACAGUCUGAGGAAUAAGGACAUCAAGAGCGCUCUGAGAAGACUCUUUGGAGGGAAACCGUGA